CCUGCCGCUGUCCGUGGUUACUGGAGGCAGCCGCUCCCGUCCCUGGGCUGUCCGGAGUCCGGCCGCUGACCCGACAGAAUCCACCUUCCAGCCAGGGUUGUCCAAGCUCUCUUCGGGGCUGACUGUCCGGUCCCGGGUGAAUGUUAAUUCUGACCUGGUCCUUUCGGGUGUCCGUGGAUCCCGUCCCGUCCGGUCUCGGUCCUGAUCUGGGUUAUCAGUGCGUCUUGUCCCGGAGUGUGUGUGUAUUCUCUCCGGUCCUCUCCCGGAGUGUCCGUGGGUCCUGCCUCGGGCCUGACCCGGUUUUGUCUCGGGUUUCUACGGCUCCUGCCCCGGACAGGCUGGGUGCUAUCCCGCUCCCACGGACCAUGCUGAGCCAGAGUCGGCGGAAGAAGCUGGUGAGCCCGCCGGGCCCGGACAGCGGAUCGGCGCAGGACCUGCGGGAGGCUCUGUCCGCCCUGCGGAGCGACCGGACGGAGGAGGAAAAGCGCACGCACUUGGCCUACAUCCACCAUCUGGUGAAGGAGGCCUGGCAACUACCGGGACAGGGCAGGGAAGUGGCCUCAGCCAUGUGCCGAGAGAUCCGGCUGCAGGGAACCUUGGAGCUGCUGGUGGAGAUGAUGCAGUCUCGGGGCACUGACACCCGGUAUGAGGCGGGCAAACUCCUGGAGCAGGUGCUCAUCACGGAGAACCGGGAUCGCCUGGCGCGGACUGAGCUGCCCGCCAUUUUGCAGCUGGCCAUGGAGCGGGAGGACGUCACCCUGGCAGCCAUCGUCUCAGGGGUUCUGCAGCACAUGUUCAAGCACUCCGAGGUGACCACCCAUCUCCUCAUCACCAAUGGCGGCCUGGACUUCAUACUCUUCUGGUGCCGUAGUGCCGAUGUCAUCGUCCUGCGCCACUGCGCGGCUGCCCUUGCCAACUGUGCCAUGCAUGGGGGCCACAACAACCAGCGGCUGAUGGUGGAGAAGAAGGCGGCAGACUGGCUCUUCCCGCUGGCCUUUGCCACGGACAGGAUGGUGCGCUUCCACGCCUGCCUGGCCGUCACUGUCCUGGCCACCAACAAGGAGGUGGAGAAGGAGGUGGAACGGUCGGGAACGUUGGAGCUGGUCGAGCCCUUCGUCGCUUCCUUGCAGCCCGACGAGCUGGUGCAGAGCUGGCUGGAUAGCACGGAGCACUCGCAGGGCCGAACGGCCUGUGAGCUGCAGAGGCUGGUUCAGCUGCUGGACAGCUCCCGACUGGAGGCCCAGUGCAUGGCAGCCUUCUACCUGUGUGUGGAGGCCGGCGUGAAGGCCCAACAGAAUAAGACCCAGGUCCUGCAUGAGGUGGGGGCCACACAGAGCCUGAAGCGGAUCGUCAGCUACUCGGGCUGCGGCACCGUGUCCGCCCUGGCCAAGAAAGCUCUGUGCUUGCUGGGAGAGGAGGUCCCGCGCAGACUCUCCCCAACCGUCCCGAACUGGAAACCUGUCGAGGUCCAGACCUGGCUGCAGCAGGUCGGAUUCGCCGAGUACUGCGAGAGGUUCUGGGACCUGCAAGUUGAUGGAGACCUCCUACUGUUGGUGUCUGAAUCAGAAUUAAAGGAAGACUUGGGAAUACAAUCCAGCAUCACUCGAAGAAGAUUUCUACGGGAACUGCGGGAGUUAAAGAUAAAUGCCAACUACUCCACCUGCGACCCCGGUAACCUGGCUGACUGGCUGGCCGGCAUCGAUCUGUACUUCCGACAGUAUACCUACCAUCUGGUGCACUGCGGGAUUGGGAAGGAGACGUUAUCCCGAGUGACAGAGGAGCAACUGAGAAGGGAUUGUGGGAUCGAGAACGGAGUUCACCGGGCCCGGAUCUUUGCCGCAGGACAGGGUAAAAUGCCGGACACUCACCGGGACAUAGGUGAAUGCUCUACAGAUCUGCAGCCCAACCUGCCCUGCGACCUGGUGGAGGCCAAAGACAAAGCUCCCGAUGUCUUCAUCAGUUACCGCAGAUCCACGGGUUCACAGCUGGCCAGCCUUCUGAAGGUCCACCUGCAGCUGCGCGGAUUCAGUGUCUUCAUCGAUGUGGAGAAGCUGGAGGCCGGGAUGUUUGAAGACAAACUUCUGCAGAGCGUGAAGAGGGCCAGGAACUUCGUGCUGGUGUUGACAGCCAACGCACUGGACAAAUGUAUGGGUGACCUAGAGUUAAAGGACUGGGUCCACAAGGAGAUCGUCAUUGCCAUGUCGUACAAGAAGAACAUCGUCCCCAUCAUCGACCAGUUCUGCUGGCCGGACCCCAACCUCCUCCCAGAGGAUAUGAGAGGCAUUCUUGAGUUCAACGGUGUACAGUGGGUCCAUGAGUAUCAGGAUGCCAGCAUGGAGAAGAUCCUGCGGUUCCUGCUGACACAGAAUGGCUGCCCGUUGCCAGCCGGCACGGAUUCAGAGAGGCAUGCCUAGCCUUCACCUCGACGCUGUGCCUGCCCUUCACCCCCAUAGAGAACCCAUGGACUCCUGUUGUGCACGAUCGCUACGAGCAGCGGAUGUCGGUGCUGAUAAUGUGGAGGGUGGAUGGGCGGGGUCCGUGCUGGACACUGGUGGUCUUACGAGGAAGAGGGUGACCCGAGGCCCUCUGCUGGCAGUAUGUGGUGGGUAGGAAGGGGCCUCUUCUGGCAGUGGGACCCUCAGUCUGAUCACUGAGACCCUCAGGGUCACUGGGGCAGUAACGUGGGUUCAUUUAGGGAGCUGGGCACACAUGAGACACGCCAACAUGCACUCCCAGCAACACACAAUUAACCACACUCACAGCUAACCACUAACUUGCAAGUACACACAUCUAACACACUCACUUCUACUUACUCAUACCUAUCCACACUCCCCCUUGAUAGCUCACAUCUGUACAUAACUAACCCACUAACUCACACCCACACACUCACCUGCACUUACAACUAUGCAACCUAACACAUACUAACUCACAGCUACACAUAUCUAUCCAUAAGUAAGUAAGUAAGUAAAGUAAAGUAAAGCCAUUCGCUAGUCUUGCGAGACCAUGGAUCUGCGCCUGGACAGUCUUCACUCUCCAGGGCACAGGCCUGGGCAAGGUUGUAUGGAAGACCGGCAGUUCCCCAUGCUGCAAGUCUCCCCUCUCCACGACACCAAUGUUGUCCAAGGGAAGGGCAUUAGGACCCAUACAGCUUGGCACCGGUGUUGUUGCAGAGCAAUGUGUGGUUAAGUGCCUUACACAAGGACACAACAUGUUGCCUCGGCUGGGGCUCGAACUCACGACCUUCAAGUCGCUAGUCCAAUGCCUUAACCACUUGGCCACGUGCCCAUAAGGCCAUAAGAUAUAGGAGUAGAAUCGAUCCAUCGAGUCUGCUCUGCCAUUUCAUCAUGGCUGAUCCAUUUUCUCUCUCAGCCCCAAUCUCCUGCCUUCUCCCUCUAUUCCUCCAAGCCCUGACCAAUCAAGAAUCUAUCACCCUCUGCCUUAAAUAUACCCAAUGACUUGGCCUCCACAGCCACUUGCGGCAAUGAAUUCCAGAUUCAUCACUCUCUGGCUAAAGAAAUUCCUCUGUUCUAAAAGAACGUGCAUCUAUUUUGAGGCUGUGUCUUCUGGUCCCAGAUUUCCCCACAACAGGAAACAUCCUCUCCACAUCCACUCUAUCUGUGUCCUCUGGUCCCAGAUUCCCCCACAACAGGAAACAUCCUCUCCACAUCCACUCUAUCUGUGUCCUCUGGUCCCAGAUUCCCCCACAACAGGAAACAUCCUCUCCACAUCCACUCUAUCUGUGUCCUCUGGUCCCAGAUGCCCCCACAAUAGGAAACAUCCUCUCCACAUCCACUCUAUCUGUGUCCUCUGGUCCCAGAUUCCCCCACAACAGGAAACAUCCUCUCCACAUCCACUUUAUCUGUGUCCUCUGGUCCCAGAUUCCCCCACAACAGGAAACAUCCUCUCCACAUCCACUCUAUCUGUGUCCUCUGGUCCCAGAUUCCCCCACAACAGGAAACAUCCUCUCCACAUCCACUCUAUCUGUGUCCUCUGGUCCCAGAUUCCCCCACAACAGGAAACAUCCUCUCCACACCCACUCUAUCUGUGUCCUCUGGUC